UCCCUGCACCUUCGUUUGUCAAGUCCAUACCCAAACAUUAUUAUUAUUAUUAUUAUUGACUUGUUUUUGUUGACGGAAGGAUCUUGACUUGAGUUUAGGUAUUUCAAUGUGAUCUGUUCGGGAGCACAAACAGAACUACUGCCAUUUUUUCAGUCUGUGAUCUGAACCACCGAACUGCAAUAACGGUGGAUACCGCCAUGACAGCCCAUGAAGCCUUCUCUUCAUGCUCAUUCAAGUCAAAACUUUGGAAUUACGACGUGUUCUUGAGCUUUAGCGACGAAGACACGCGCAAGGGCUUCACGGGCUACCUCCACGACGCAAUCGAAGACAGGGGAUACAUGGCUUAUAUGGAUCAGGACGAUCUAAAGAUAGGGGAAGAAAUAAAAGAGGAACUCUACCGAGGAAUCGAAGAGUCGAAGAUCUCUAUCAUUGUCUUCUCAAAGAAGUACGCAGAUUCGAGUUGGUGCCUUGACGAGCUGGUGAAGAUCAUGGAGUGCAGAUCCAAAUUGGGGCGACAUGUUUUGCCAAUAUUCUAUCAUGUUGAUCCUUCACAUGUCAGGAAGCAGAACGGAGACUUAGCUAAAGCAUUUCAGAAUUACGAAGAGAACAUCUGUGAAGAAAAAGAUGACAAGAAACGUGAAGCUAAACAAGCAAAGGUAAAUCAGUGGAGAGAAGCUCUUACAGAGGCUGCAAAUUUGGCUGGCCACCAUCUUCAAAUCACUGACAAUAGGUGCGAAGCAUAGUUUGUUAGAGAAAUUGUUGACAAGAUUAUUACGGAAUGGCUUCCGAGCACAAACGAACUAGAUGUGGCCAAGUACCCGGUUGGAAUCGAUUCUUGCGUUCAAGGUAUUAUCAGUCAUCUUUCAAGUGGUGGAUCAAAUGUUCUCAUGGUUGGAAUUUGGGGUAUGGGUGGAAUGGGUAAAACAACAACUGCCAAAGCCAUUUACAACCAAAUUCAUCAUAAGUUCAAAUUGAAAAGCUUCCUUGCCGAUGUUAGCAACACUACAAGUAAACAUGGUCUAGUUUAUUUGCAAAAAACACUAGUUUCUGACAUCUUGAAAGAGAAGUCUCAAAUAAGCAAUGUUGCUAGAGGUAUCUGUUUGAUAAAGCAAAAAUUUCAACAUAGAAGGGUACUUGUCAUCAUGGACAACAUAGAUGAAGUGGAACUGAAUGCAAUAGCUGGAAAUCAUGAUUGGUUUGGUCCAGAAAGUAGAAUUAUCAUAACGACACGAGAUGAACAUUUACUACACCAUGUUGGAGUGGACAAGAUAUAUCGGCUUCAUGAAAUGAAUGAAGAAGCAGCUCUGGAGCUCUUUAGUUGGCAUGCCUUUAGAAAUGGUCGGCCUAAUGAAGGAUAUCUUGAACUCUCAAGAAAGAUCGUUUCUUACUGUGGAGGUUUGCCACUAGCACUUGAAGUUUUAGGCUUUUUUUUUAUUAAAAGAAUCGUAGCAGAGUGGGAAAGUCAAUUAGAAAAAUUGGAAAGAACUCCUGAAGGAAAAAUAAUAAAUCCACUAAGAAUAAGCUUUGAAGGGCUAGAUGAUACACAGAAGGCUAUAUUUCUUGACAUAUCUUGUUUCUUUAUUGGAUGGGAUAAGGACUAUGUUGCAAAAGUAUUAGAUGGAUGUGAAUUUUCUGUAACAAUAGGAAUCAGUGUCCUUCGUGAACGAUGUCUUGUAACUUUUGAACGCAACAAGUUGAAUAUGCAUGAUUUGCUUCGAGAAAUGGCCAGAGUAAUCAUUUCUGAAAAAUCCGCUAACCACCCUGAAAAAUGGAGUAGACUGUGGAACCCUCAAGUGGUAACCGAAGUAUUGACAGAUAAAUCUGGAACUAAAGAAGUUGAAGGACUUGCUCGACAUUUGUCAAUACAAGAUUUCGAAAGGUAUGCGUUCAGUACAGAAGCAUUUGAAAAUAUGAAGAAAUUGAGAUUGCUUCGACUCAUCAACGUGCAGCUCAUUGGAGAAUACAAACAUGUUCCCUUAAAGUUAAUAUGGUUGUGUUGGCGUGGAUUCCCUUUGCAGUCCAUGCCAGGUGACUUUUUUAAUCUAGAGAAACUAGUUUUUCUAGACAUGCAGCGUAGCCAAUUGGUACAAGUUUGGGAGGGUUCCAAGGGAAUUGAAGAAGUUGAAGGACUUGGUCUACAUUUGUCAAUACAAGAUUUCGUAGGCUAUGCGUUCAGGUUCAGUACAGAAGCAUUUGUAAAUAUGGAGAAACUGAGAUUGCUUCAGCUCAGCAAUGUGCAGCUCAAUGGAGUAUACAAACAUAUUCCCAAAAAGUUAAUGCGGUUGAGUUGGCGUGGAUGCCAAUUAAAGUCCAUACCGGAUGACUUUUUAAAUCAAGAGAACCUAGUUAUUUUAGACAUGCAGCGGAGCAGAUUGGUACAAGUUUGGGAGGGUUACAAGUCGCUUCAAAAGUUGAAAAUCAUUAAUCUUGGUCAUUCCACGUUCUUACAAAAAUCACUGGACUUUUCACAAGUCCCAAAUCUUGAAAAGUUGAUAUUGGAAGGCUGUGACAAAUUGUCCGAGAUUCACCCCUCCAUUGGUCAUCUUAAAAGACUUGCUUUGGUGAACCUUACAGGAUGCAAAAUGCUUAGUUCUCUUCCAAGGGAUUUCUAUAAGUCAAAAUCUGUUGAGACUCUUCUUCUUAAUGGAUGUUCACAAUUCAGAAAAGUGCAUGAGGAUUUAGGGGAGAUGAUAUCAUUGAGAAUACUUGAAACAGAUUAUACAGCCAUAAGAAAAGUACCUCUUUCCAUAGUAGGAUUGAAGAAUCUCACUCGUUUAUCCCUACAGGGUGUGAAACGUAUUCGUUUGCCCCAUUCGUUACAUGGUUUAAACUCUUUAAGGGAAUUAAAUAUCUCAUGGUGCGAUUUAGCUGAUGAUGCAAUCCCUAAGGAUCUUGGGACUCUAAUUUCUUUACAAGGUUUGGAUGUUUCAUCGAAUGGUUUUGGUACCCUACGCAGCCUUAGUGGUCUUUCAAAGCUUGAAACAUUGAGCUUAAAUUGUUGCUUUAACCUUCAUACAAUCCCUAAUUUACCAACAAAUUUGAAAUUUUUGCAUGUGCGUGGGUGCCAAGCAUUGGAAAAAAUGCCGGACUUUUCGGAAAUGUCAAAUAUGAGAGAACUGGAUGUAAGUGAUUCACUCAAACUCACUGAGGUUACAGGCUUGGAUAAGUCAUUAAACUCCAUGAUACGGAUUGAUAUGGGAAGGUGCACCAAUCUCACAGUUGAUUUUACGACGAACAUCCUACAGGGAUGGACUUCUUGUGGAUUUGGUGGCAUUUUCUUCCAUGGGAAUUAUGUUCCUGAUUGGUUUGAGUUUGUCAGAAAGGGCACUAAAAUCAGUUUUGAUAUUCCCCCAAGUGAUGGUCGUAAUUUUGAAGGGUUGACUCUGUUCUGCUUAUAUAGCUCAUGCAAAAGAACUGAUCGUCCUCUGCCUCUUGCCAUUACUGUUAUAAAGAAUACCAAGUGUAUUAAGUUGCAAGCCUACACAGUCAAAGAAGAUCGGAAUAGAAUAUUCUACAAACCUAAAUCCCAUCAUAUUUGGCAGGGACAAUUAUCGAACGAUAAGCUCAAUUUGCAAGGCGGGGAUAGCGUUGAAGUUGGUAUAGAUUUUUCUUCUUCAACAGUGAAUAGAAUAGGGGUUAAACUAGUAUGGGACAAACCUAUGAAGGAAAACAUGCAUGAUUUGGACAAAGCUUGUUAUGCUUUUACCCAAAUCCAGCUCGGUUCUGUGGUGAGGCACAAUCAAGGUGGUGAUGCAUCGUCAUCAUCACGCUCGUCAUCACGACGCUCAUCAUCACAUAUCUAAGCCAGAUCAGAGUCAGUUCAUCAAAUGCCUCUUUUGUUUUUCGCUUUCUCGGUUCGAUAAUGAAGGCAAGUACAUAUUUCAUACUUAUUUCAGAUUCAUAUGAUUUUUUCAAUUAGUUGUUUAGAAUUUUGAAGAUAUAUUGCAUAUAGAAACAUUUCAACA